AUGUCGCCCAAGGCUCGGCCCAAGGCUCGGCCCAGGGCUUGGCCCAAGGCUCGGUCCAAGGCUCGGCUUAAGGCUCGGCCCAAGGCUCGGCCCAAGGCUCGGCCCAGGGCUCGGCCCAGGGCUCGGCCCAGGGCUCGGCCCAAGGCUCGGCCCAAGGCUCAGCCCAGGGCUCGGCCCAAGGCUCGGCCCAAGGCUCGGCCCAAGGCUCGGCCCAAGGCUCGGCAGGGGUCCUGGCUGGUCUUCAUGCUGAUCGGAGAGGGCUUCGCUCUGGCACAGAAGACCAGAGAUGGCCAGAGUGCGGGCGCAGCAACGACGGGUCUUAAGCCUACUCCGGGGCCCAGGCAACCUCGCCACUGUGGAAACUGGGUACGAAACGCAGACGGUGGACUCUUCAGCUCCCCCAACUACCCCAAAACCUACCCUGCCAACAAGGAGUGCCUGUACAUACUGGAAGCUCUUCCCCGUCAGAGGAUAGAGCUGCUGUUUGACAAGAGGUUCUAUAUUGAGGCAUCGUUUGAGUGCCGUUUCGACCACAUUGAGGUGCGGGACGGCCCCUUCAGCUUCUCGCCGCUCAUCAACCGUUUCUGUGGCUCGGCCAGUCCGGGGCUCGUCCUCUCCAGUGGACGUUUCAUGUGGAUCCGCUUCUUCAGCGACGAGGAGCUGGAGGGGAUGGGUUUCCAGGUCCAGUACAGCUUCACUGCAGACCCAGAGUUUUAUCUGCAUGUGGGAGGACUCCUGAACCCCAUCCCAGAAUGUCAGUUUGAGCUAACAGGUGCAGACGGGUUGAUCCGAUCCAGUCAGGUGGAGGAGGACUACAAAGUAAAGCCAGACCAGGCGAUGGACUGCAUCUGGACCAUUCGUGCCCCAGCAAACAACAGGAUCUAUCUCAGAUUCUUGGAGUACCAGAUGGAGAACUCCAACGAGUGCAAAAAGAACUUUGUGGCCGUGUAUGACGGCAGUAACGCCAUCGAGGACCUCAAGGCCAAGUUCUGCAGCACGGUUGCCAAUGACAUCAUGCUGGACACGGGCGUGGCGGUGGUGAGGAUGUGGGCUGACGAGACAAGCCGUCUCAGCCGUUUCCGGAUGCUCUUCACCUCUUUUGAAGACCCUCCCUGCAUGGGCAGUGCGUUCUUUUGCCACAGCAACAUGUGCAUCAACACCUCUCUGGUGUGCAACGGCAUACAGAACUGUGUCUUUCCCUGGGACGAGAGCAACUGCAAAGAAAAGAAGAGCAAAGGCGUUUUCCACCAGAUCACAAAGACUCAUGGGACAAUAAUCGGUGUAUCAACAGGAGUGGUUCUGCUGCUCCUCGUCGUCUCCAUCUUGGUGCAGGUCAAACAGCCACGCAAAAAGGUGUUGGUCCGGAAGAAUAACCUCUUCAACCGGGCUGACCUCCAGGAGGUGUUUGACCCGCCACAUUAUGAGCUCUUUACUCUGCGAGAAAAGGAGAUGUCCGGAGAUCUGGGAGAGCUGUCCGAGGAGCUGCAGUCUCUGCAGGCCCUCAGGCGCUCCUCGUCGGCCUCGCGCUGCAUUCACGAGCACCACUGCGGCUCGCAGGCCUCCAUCAGUUCCGUCAAGCUUGGCCGUGGUGUACCGGCCAUGGCUUUGGGAUCCAUGGAGCUGCCCCCCUUUAGAGGGGACUUCCAGAGCAGCUUGCCUCCCCUCCGGGGGCUGAACAGCAGUCUGCGGAAGAAGAGCUGGCCGAGCAUGAAACCCGGCCGCAUGGAGGGUCACCACGGGGUCGGGGAUAGGGAACCGGGGCGGCAUGAUAGGGUGAUGGAGGAGGAGGAAGACGAGGAGGACGACGGCAGGUAUGACGUGUACGUCCGCAAGGCAGGGAGCAGGAGGGGGAACUGUGAAAUGGCCCAGCAGAGAUCUUUGUCCAUGGACUUCUGAGGGUAGAAACUGUAGGGAGCCUGGAGCGACAGGAGGGCCGUGCCCUGAUUUGGUGGCGGGGCAGCACAUUCGCGGUGCAGAUGAGAGACGAGUGGAGGAGAGAGGAGCAGGA